CACUGCCUGGCCACACGACCUUCGCGUCAAUUGCUCUCGACGCCAUGGACUAUUCCGCCCUGCCGCACGACCCGGAGCAUCCUGGAGGCGCGGAUCCGUGGGCUUCUUCUCCCCAGCACAACCGAACUGCAUUUGCGCAACCACCCACCGGCGACAUUCCACCCUCCCCGCUCCCUCCGCAAGCUUCGCCUUAUGGCCAGGACUCAGGCCAGUAUGGCUAUAUGGGCGAACCAGACUCGCACCACAGGCCAGGCACGGCGUCCGAGAAUGGCGACCACGCUCCACCCCCACUAAGUUCUGCCCAGGAAGGGCAGCACUCUCCCCAAUCGGUACAGCAAGCUUCCUCCCAAGACCAACAGGGCCAGCAAAGACAUGAGCCACAGCGGUAUCACCAUGGGGCACGCCAGCAGCGCCCGCAUCAUCCGCAGUACAAGCUCUCGGCCAAAGUCACGGGCCUCGAGCGGACAGGCCGGAAGGACCCAAUUCUCCGAUUUGAUGUCUAUACAAAUCUGCCUAAAUUCCGCACGACUCAGUUCCGCGACGUUCGGCGCCUGCACUCUGAAUUCGUGAAGCUUGGAGAGCACCUCAUAUCUGCAAACCCAGAAGCGUUCGUUCCUGCCGUCCCUCCUCCGUUGACCUCUGCCGGCGUUGGCACGGAUGAGGAUGAAGCCCGCGUGAAGGCAUCCUUACAGCGAUGGUUGAACGUCGUUUGCAGCAACGAAGUGCUCAUGCGCGACGAGGAGAUGGUAUUCUUUGUGGAAAGUGACUUUGGAUACAGCCCGGUAGUACGAAGGAAGCAGCCAGCCACUGGUGUGCGACGGAAGGUGAUCAAGCAAUUCGCACCCCCGCCAGAUGAUACGCCAGAGCUUGCCGCAGCUCGCCCGGUUGUGAAGGCCUUCUAUCUUGGAACUAUGGAAACAGGACAGAAGGUCGAGAAAAUUGUGAAAUCUAGAAGGAGUCUUGGCCUUGCCGAGUCUGAUUUGGGGGUGAAAUUCGCAGCAAUGCACGUGCAAGAGACCCAUCUAGGCUUGAGCAUGGCUUACCGAAAACUGGGGAAGGUGAUCCAAGCGACGGGCGACUUUCACGCUGCGCAGGGAACAGGCGAGGCGACGACGCUGGGCGAUCCCCUUUCGUACCACAGCAGUGAUGCUUUCAUCGUCAAGGAAACACUCACAAACCGUCACAUUCUGCUCCGCGAACUUCUGCAGGCUCAAGCUGCCACUCGAUCAAAACUCUCUGCCGCUGAUAGAUUGAAAGCUAGUUCUAGUGUGAAGAGAGAUAAGGUCGACGAAGCUAUUGCCGCACUUGACGAAGCUCGCAGUCAUGAGACAUACCUCAUGCAAAAAUCUCAACGUGUAACGACGAAUCUUCUGCAGGAGCAGAGGAAAUGGUUUACCCGGUCUGCAGCUGAGAUGCGGGCUGCGAUCCGGGAAUAUGUCGUUCGCCAAAUAGAGGCAGAGCGCCGAACCCUCGCUACACUUGAGCAGGUCCGGCCCGACAUCCGGGCCAUCGACGGAAGCGGUGGUCUGUCACGGUUAGGUCGUGAAGCACAUCCAGCCCAGCGUCGUGCGUCGCUUGCAAGCUCGCAAGGACCGAAAGGGGAUGCAUGGUCAGGUGUGCCAAGGCGACCUGGUGAUGGACUCAACCGAAGCAUAAGUGGGAGCCUUGCUGGCGCCCCAGUAGAAGAGGAGGAUGAGGAGGAGGAUGAGACGGGCACAGGAAGAAAGCGUGCAGCUAGUAAAUCGGGAAGUGUGAAAGGAGUGGAAGAGGACGAGGAUCGCAUCGAUGCCCGGAAUGCCGCCAGUAGGUUGGCAACUACAACAUUUUGAGACACCGAAAUCGAAGGGCGUCCGGGCUAUAUGUGUCUAGCUUGUACGAAGAGGUAGGGUCUACCAUCUGCUUAAUCACUAUAUUGUUGGAGCGCAUCAACCAACCAUUUUGUCAGCAUCCUGGGAGAGAUUCCUCACGAGUCUAAUAUCAGGCGCGCGACAAUGGUCAGGGAGAUAUCCAUACUUCCUUUACUACUAAUCGUGAUACCUCAAAGUUUUGGUCGUUUGCAUUUUGAUUCGGUCACUUGUUUGAGACAAUCCUAUCUUGCAGCGGCUGUCGCCGCUAACUCAUGUUAAAUACCCCGAAUUUGUUCAAUUUCCUUAAGGCCAACGCUAUUAGGUAGUCCCAAUAGCUCCUCGUGCAAAGGAGGGUAGUCGCUCACUUCCUUGCAUGGAAGAGGAUGCAUAGAACAGGAAGCAUGAGCAAUGUAAAUCUGGGGAAAUCUGCC